AGGACAGUGUUGGCUAACUUCUCAACUUCCCAUAUGUUUUGAACGAACACACGCGGAUUUUUUGUUUGGAUUGGAGUUCUCUUGAAAUUCGGAAAAUGACUUCAACCAGCACAAUAGUGAUGCCCGGAGAUCGGAUAGCGGCCAUUGAGGAGUUGGCCAAGAGCAAGCGUGUGAUUUUGGGACCAGGGCUGCGGCGACAAGACGAAACAGUGGUGGCCAGCAAGGCGGGACCACUUCGUCACAAGGAACCCUCUACUUUUUGGGUGGACAACUACCAAAGGCGAUAUAUUCCCGCUCGCGGAGAUCUGGUCCUGGGCAUAGUGCGUUCCAAGGCGGGAGAUCUGUACCGCGUGGACAUCGGAGCAGCGGACACUGCAUCCAUCUCCUAUCUAGCCUUCGAGUCGGCCACCAAAAAGAAUCGUCCGGAUUUGAAUCCCGGCGAUCUGAUCUACGCCAGAGUUUUGAAUGCCAGUGCGGACAUAGAACCGGAAUUGGUUUGCGUCAAUUCCGUGGGCAAACGUGGCAAACUCGGCCUCCUCGCCGAGGGAUUUUUCUUUAAGUGCAGCCUGAAUCUGGGCAGGAUGCUCCUCAGGGAAAACUGCCCUGUCCUGGCAGCUCUGACCCGGGAAUUACCCUACGAGAUUGCCAUCGGAGUCAACGGGAGAAUCUGGCUGAAGGCCCAUUCCCUGCGAGAAACCAUCGCCCUGGCCAAUGCCAUUGUGGCCCUGGAGCAAGCUGGCUACACGGAAAUCGACAAGAUCUGCGACAAUCUGGGCGACUUUCUGCAGGCUUAGGACUUAAUUCUUAGUAUACUUACAUUUUAUAUUAAAAGAAACUUAAAGCUACCAAA